GUUUGUGGGAGGACAAGACUAGUCACGCACAACUUCUAAAUAGCUUCUCGUUCGUAACCACGAUCAGUUUGUUUCUUUAAACGUUUGACGUGAACCACUGCGAUAGCUUCCUCGUAUUUAUCAAGUAGGCCUAUCACCACGGUCUAUCAUACUGUGGCAAAUACACGUUCAAUCUCUGCAUAAACCUGUAAACGUGAAAGUGCAUUGACUAGUGUUUAAUCAAUUAACAGUUUCAAUCAUCCAUAACGGGAGAAAAUGCAUGAUUGUGUCGGAAUCGAUUCACUUCCAAAAGGAUAACGAAGAGCUCAUUCAGCGAUGUUCUCUUUUUCUGUCGAAAGAUCUGGAGACAUUUUUGAAAUUCACGCUGAAAAUGCAAAGUGCUGUCAGAUUGGAAAAGGAUUCUGACCUCAUGUUAGACGCCACCGUACCGUCGGCUACUUUAGACAUUGCAAACGUUAAUAGUUCAAUUGAAAAUUGUCCCUUCAAAAAGCUACCGGCUCGUGAAACCAAAAACAAAUCUUUCAGCGACACUUUGAUUUCGGUGGAUGACUGUGGCGCAACAAUGGGCUGCUCUAAGAAUUUUGAUACUUCAAGUUCUAGCCCGAGUCCAAUGAUGAGGGCCUCUCCUACCCAUGUUAGUCGACAAGAAGGUCUUUCAAAUCAAAACGAGGAUGUCUGCCACGUGUCGGCACACCGAGAUCUGGGCGGCAGAGAUGGCAGCCCAAACAGUCCUAGUUUUUCCUCCAGCUCAGCGGAUAGAGUUUCACCGAAUGAAGGCUCUCCGACUGGCUUAUUAUCUUGUAAUUCUACGAAUGAUUCGUCUGGGCUUCGGCUAUCGCGCCCUGCUUUGCAGAUCCAUUCAGCCCAAGAAAGUGUUCGAAGUUUCUCUCAAAUUUGUCGAUUAGGUUCUCUCCCCUCGGCAUCAACUUCUACCAAAUAUCCCAUCUUGAUCGGCGGUUCUUCGAUUAUUCGACCGUCAGUUACUCAAACCAAUAACAAAAUGACACAAAUAUUCGACAUGAGCCAACUGCAAAAUCACCAGUCCUCAAAGCCAAAUCUACGUAACGCCGAAGAUUCUAAGUCCCCUUCACUGCCGGAAUCUGUUAAUACUACAGUAUUGGUACAACCGGAGGAUAAUUAUUCGAUUUCUGCUACACCUCACGGAAUAGAAAACAUUCUUAACAGACCAAUUCCCCGACCAGAAUCUGUCAUUUCUCCUGCGAUUCAGUGCCACCCACAAUCGAGUUCCAGUAACCAAUAUCCGUCGCCCUUUUCGGCAAUAGCGCGAACCCAGAAGCCUUUGGAUUUCUCCAACGGUGUUAACGCCGUAGGUCUUAACUCGCCAGCGUUUACAGGCGUUUACUGGCCAACUUUACAAUCCUUCAUCGAUAACCCUGCUCUGCAAACAUGGAGAGAUCGUUUUCAGAUAACAGAUAAUUCUGAUGGCAUUAACUGUGGCUUCGACAAGGAUUCCAAGAAAAAACACACGCGACCCACUUUUAGCGGGCAACAAAUAUUUGCCCUUGAGAAAACUUUCGAGCAGACAAAAUAUUUGGCGGGUCCCGAGCGCGCAAAACUUGCCUAUGGAUUGAAUAUGACGGAAUCUCAAGUUAAGGUUUGGUUUCAAAAUCGACGUACCAAAUGGCGUAAAAAACACGCUGCCGAAUUGGCAACUGCUAAGAAGCGUCAAGAGGAGGCUGAAGUUAUGAACGACCUUUCUGACAAAGAAGAAGAUAUCUAUGGUGAUGACUCAUUCGAUAUGAAGCGAAAAAGGACAAAGUAAUAAAGAAAUAUCAACACACGAAAAUGUACCUAUUUACUACUUACAAAACCGACGAACAAUACUAUCCUUGAUUUCAUACAGUAUGUUAAUAAUGCGGGUUUGCGUUUCUUGUAGUUUAUACCUGUAUGUCAAGGUGUUCCGUACCUUUACAGCUGGCCAAUCUCAGUUUUUCAUUUUCAUUAUGUGUAUUUUGUGUUGUGUUAGCCUAUAAUCGUUUCGGUUUGGUUUUGUCUUAAGUAUAUACCGAUUGUGCGAAAGAGUCCGUUACGGGCGCCAUAAGUGGCGUUCUACUGCUCUUGUCUAUAGUCUACCCACAUAGUAAAAAAACUUAAUUAUUGGUGUUUUUUAUUGUUAAUACACAAAGUAAAAUGUUCACCAGAAAAA